AUGACGCCCCUCGUCUUCAUUACCAUCAUCUUCACCUUUUGGCUUCCUCUGCAAGUAACGGGCCACUGGAAGAACCAAAACCCCCUCUCGACAAUCCCACUUCCAAAAGACCCCGAAGCAACAAUAAUAGACGUUCGAAACCUACAAGAAUUUGAAAAAAGGAUCCAUGAACUAGCCCGGCACUUUAUCGCCACCCCGACAUCCCAAACGAACCAAACAGUGGUGCAUCUAAUCGAAGAAGACCACUAUCUAGCGCCAGAGAUCGACUACCAUGCAUUCCAACUCCAGGCGUUCAAUCCCUUCAAGCACGAGUCCCGCAUACCGGAAAAAUGGUUCGAAUACUACGCCGAGAACGUCAGCGCGAGAAUCGAGAGACGCGGCAUCGUAGUGCAGACGUUGAUGACGGUGGCUAACAAUGACGCCAGGGGCGAAAUUGCCUUUUCCGGGGGGAUGCUCACUAAGAUCACCUCGGAGCACGAUUUAAACGCGGGGAUAUACGCGGGUUACUACAUAUGGAUUGGCGGGCAACUAGGUGCUGGCGUCACUCCCGAGUUGAGCUUUGCGCGAAGCUCAUCGACGUAUUAUACGUGCCCCGUUGUCGCGGGCCGUACUGCGCAGAUCAAGGUCUACCCUACACUUACGUCGUUCAUCCCCUUCUUCAGGACGCUUCAUUGGAACCUCGGGCCACAGAAAUUCGCGAGCAAGGCACUCAAAUUCAAGAAGAAUAAAAAAUUGACGCUUAUUUUCCUCAGUGGGUUGGAAGACGUCGAAUGUAUGUACAUUUGA